AUGAAUCCACGGAGAUCAAGACAAUACCGGCGUGUGGCCCAGGCCUGUGAAAACUGUCGGUACGCCCGGGCUGGUCGACUUCGGCAGCUUGAGCAGAAACUAGACAGAAUAAUCGGCAGAACCGAAAAACCUCAAUCCACAGAUCAAGUCACCCCUGUUUCAGCGUUUGGCGCGGGGUCCAGUAAUUCACCUUCAUCGCCAACUACAGAGCUAACCAGCCCCCUUGCCUCAACACAAUUGCCCGCCGACAUUAUUACACAGGCCCUGGGUGUCUACUUUGAGCAUAUCCAUCGUCAGCCAUUGUGGCUCUUCGAUCCAUCCAGCUCUCCGACACCGGAAAAUAGUGAAGAGCUCAUCUGUGCUAUUCUAGGCCUGAGUCUUACUUGUAGUCCCACGAGUUUCACCAGCGCAGAUCUACGAAGCCCCGACUUCUACGCUGCUAAUUCUCGAAGGCUGAUCAUGGUCAAGAUAGCUGAUGGCAACGUGAAGCUCCAAACUCUGCAAGCAUUGUCCGGCGAUCUUCGUCUGGCUGGUCUCAACCUGAGUAUUGCCAAGAAUCUGUUGCAGUAUUCAAUGCUGCAAAAUGGCUUUGCACAAGAGUCGCCGUCACCGGAAGAGCGAUCAAAGCUAUUCUGGAGUAUCUCCUUCUUGGAUAAAUUUUACGGACUCCCGAUCUUAGUCCCCUCCGUGACUGACGACAUUACUUGUCCGCGUCUCUCAUCAAUUGAGGCGACCUAUAGUUCGAUACCUGGUCCACCACUUCCUCAGGAAUCUCGUACUGAUACUUCCGGGGACGGCCUCCACGAUGUGUGGGCACAUGCAGUCAGAAUAUGCGCUCUAUGGGGAGAUGUGAGGAGGUUCGUCUCAAGGUGUGUUGAAGGCAUAGCGAAGGCACCGUGGCAACCAAACUCGGACUACAUCACGCUGUGCUCAACGCUUUUGGAACUUGAAAUCUCGCAUCCCAAUUCAUUAAGCUACAACACAGUCAAGUACGUGGAUCGAGCUAGCCAAAAAGUUCAAGAAGAUCGGUCAAACUGGCUUCCGUGGGUUAGGCUACAGGUGACCUAUCACGCCAUCCAUUGUGUACUCAACCACCCGUUCGUGUACUCUUUCCAAGCUUCAAAGCAGAGCCUCGGAUCAAACACUUUUUGGCGGACGUCCUCGGAGACAGCGCUCCGACAUUGCACAUGGAUCUCUCGACACAUCAGAAUGGCUAGAGAAAAGGGCCUCGAGUUAGCCGAUCCUUUCUUUGCCCAGGCGGCAGCUAUUGCUGGUAGCAUGCACUUGUAUUGGACACGAGCUGAAGAUCCUGUGCUACGGGCUUCUGCAUCGACCAAUUUGAAUAUUUGCACCGCGCUCAUCACGGAAAUGAGUCUACACUGGCCAGUCUGUCGAUCAAUUGCAAAAUUUGUAGAUAUCGUCACUCCCCCAGACCAAGGAACCGCAUCCAAGACGCCCACAGUCGUAGCGACAACGUCCUUAAUGUGGCUACUACUAGAUGUGUCAUCGCCCCAGUUCCCUGGCUAUGUUGCCGACAAAUCGGGUAGCAAAAGGAGUAGAGGGGUUGGACUUGACAUUGGUGAAUUUACCGCUGUGGAUGAUUCAGAUAUGAACACGCACGAAUCCGACAUGCGAGAAUCGACGGCGCACUAUGCUUCACCUCCCGAGUGGCUCUCCCCCAGGCCGGGCGACCCUCUAUCAACAGACGAUGCACAAGUUCCAGUCAAUACUGGACAGACAGAAGAGUUUGGCAAUUCCUUUCAUCAAAUGCUAUCCAGCCGGGAAGAUGGCACGACUAGCUUCGAUCCAUCAUGGGGCCCCUGGGAGCAAAUCAUGCGCAUAGGAGAUGGCUCUGCUUCUGGGAUGAACUGGUGGGAUUCUGGCAACCUCUAA